AUGAACGGGCAGCAGGAGACGCUGGGCGCGAACGCGCCGCCGAAACCGAAGACGUCCAAGGCGCGUCUCGACGCCGCGAACGAUCGCGCGCGCGCGCGCCGGUCGAUCGUCGCCGGCGGCAAAGGCAAGAAAGCCGCCGCCGCGUCCGCGACGCCCGCGGUGCAGCCCGUCGCGGUGAAGACGAAGAAGGGCACGGUCAAGCUCAACGCGGCCGCGCUGAAAGUGAAUAACGCGAAGGCCCCGAGCGCGGAGAUCCUCGAGGAGCUCGCCGCGCGAUUCGUCCUCAACUGCCCCGCCGAGGAGCUCAACUCGUUCGAGCGCAUCUUGUUUCUCGUCGAGCAAGCGCACUGGUACUACGAAGACUUCGUCAGGGAGGAGGAGGAGCACAAACACCGGCUGAAGUCGAUGUCGCUGAAGCAGUUCGCGGGGCUCAUGUUCAACAAGUGCGCGCCUCUGCGGCGGUACAAGGACAAAGUCGACGACAUCUACAAGGCGUUUACGAAUUACAAGCUCUCCGUCCCGGUCGGCGGCAUCAUCAUCCUGAACCCGGACAUGAGCAAAGUUCUGAUGGUGAAGACGUGGAAGGGCUCGUCGUGGGGGUUCCCGAAGGGGAAGAUCAACAAGGACGAGCCGGAGAGCGUCUGCGCGGCGCGAGAGGUGUUGGAAGAGGUUGGCGUCGACUUUUCCGCCUACGUCCGCGACGAAGACUCGAUCGUGAUGAACCGGGUCGUGGACCACGAGACCGGUCUGAAGCAGCGGAGCCGGCUGUUCAUCGUCGCCGGCGUCAGCGAAGAGACCGGGUUCGCGACGCAGACGAGGAAAGAGAUCGGCGCGAUCGCGUGGCACCCGAUAUCGACGCUCGCGGGCGGCGUAGUAGCGGGCGGGAAGUACUUCUUCGUGAAGCCGUACGUCCAGCCGUUGCUUAAGUGGAUCAAGGCGUCGAAGAAGAAGCGGAAGCGCGGCGGCGCGGGGGGUGGGGGGAAAGGCGCACCAGGGGGGGGGCUGGGCGCGCCCGCGUCGCCGGCGGGACAGACCGGCGGCGGCGCGGCGUUCGAGCCCGCGGCGCAGUACACGCCGAAGGGCGCAAAGGCGCCCGCCGCGCGGUUUCCGAGCUUCCUCGGCUUCGUCUUCGACCGCGUCAGGCGCGUUCUAUCUCACACUGGUCCCCAUACGACCCCGUCGGCGUGGUGA